GUCUGUUUUCAAAGGGAAACAAGGGACUUCAUAGACCUGCCUUUCCGAAGACCCAGUGCUGUUCUGUUCCAGGAAGCUGCAGAAAGAGCACCCUGCACUUACAUCCCAGAAUUGUUGAUGAGAAACUUUUUUGCACACGUUUGUUGAUAGGGAAAUGGAUUUUCCAGAUACUCUGUAAUCCCAGGGUGUAUGAAACACUCCUUUUCAAGAUGCAUGGGAUAUCACAUGUUGUGUCAACACCAGCAGCAAGUUCAAGGGUUUUUGAUGGAGAACAAAGACUCAGCGCCUCAAAACAUAGUUUUCCACGUUGUGCUUGUGCCUUUCUGGAUGAUGAGAGUGGCGACGAGUGGUGUUCCAUAAAUCCUUUGACAGGCUCCCCUUUCACGUAUCGCCGAAGCCCUCGGCUGCUUUCUAAUGGUUAUUACAUUUUGACAGAAGACAGUUUUCUGUUUGAUGAAGAAGGCAACAUAACACUGACACCGUCACAAACAAGUGUUACAUAUAAGGAAAAUUUAGUUCGCGUAUUCAGGCGGAGGAAGAAAAUCCGUCGCUCUCUUGCCAGCUUGUUCAAUCUCAAUGCCUCUAAUUCAUUGCUCAACACCACUGUCCUCAGCAAUAUGGAUUCUUCCCAUGGAGAUGAUUCUUGGACUGAUGGAUGCAGUAAAGUACAAGUCAGUCAGGGUGAUAUUGGUGAUUCAGAUUUUUCUUCUGAAUGUAAUGGUCAUGUAUCACAAAGGCAAGCUCCAUCAGCUAACGGAGCCUCUCUCACCAAAGACAAGGAGUUAAUUCAGUCUGAGAAACCAUUCUCUGCUGCACUAUCUUGCCCCCAGUUUAUGAUAGAUGACAGUGAAGAUACCUUGAGCAGCACAGAAUCUCGUACAGUGCGAAAUAUCCUCUCUCAAAUGGCUGUACUGAUCGUGUGUUUAAUCAUUUCAGUAUGUGCAAGAUAUUUUCUCGGAGGAUUGUCUAUGACUUUGUUGCUGAUAAUAUUGAUUUUUCUGUCAGAAGAUACUGCUGUGUCGUCUUUCAUCAGUCUUGUCACAUCUUUCAAAACUAAGUUUGGUCAAGACUCACCUUCAGUCUCCAAUCUCUGCUUAUCAAUCAUUCUAAGCCUUGGAGCAGCUCAGGACCAUAAAGCAAGACUGCUAUUUCUUUGUAAUGGAACUGGCCAUCCCAUUCCUGGCUCCCCUAUUUCUCUUUUUACUUUGAAAAGAUAAGAAGAAAAAAAAAAUGGAGUCAUGCACAGAUUGGUAUCCCUCAUAAUACGGAUAAAACAGCUUUGUUCUUCAGUUCCCUGGAUGAGUGCAGUUCAACUUCUGAGAUGUAAAGGCAGCUGCAUAGCUGCAGAUGCAACCUGGAAAUCCUUUGAGUUAGCCUGUAAGAAGAGGAUGUUCAUCCUGAGAACAAAGCAUUUUAGAACUGUGUGCAGGCAUUUGAUCACUUCUCAGACUUACUAAAGCCUGUGAUGAAAAAUACAUCUUACUCAUCCAGUGUGCCAGACGGUGUUGCACCAGAUGUGGCACUUCCUAAAGUCAGUGAGACUGUUUAUAUAAGGACAGCAGCACCAGAGCUGACUUGGAUUUGGAAAGCCUGUAUCAGUUUUAACCAAAGUAGGUAUUACAGAAUGGAAUGCAGAACUCAGGAUUGUGGCCUAGCAGGAACAAACUAAAAUACAAGCUGGCACAGGAUACUGUAAGACAGGACAGAGAUUGUGGACAAUUAGAUCCCAAGCAUUUCAAAAUAAGCGUGUCUCUUGCCUUUUGUAGGCAGCUUAAAGGCAGAGUAGUUAUUUCUGUAUAUUGCUAUACCAGUUCACUAACGAUUUUCAUUUUUCCUUCUCCUCAAAUAUAUUUUCCUCAGCUCUUCAACAACAAACUACUGUAUACCAACUUAUGGCCACCAUUAUAUAUGUUCCUGUGGGGAAAAAAAAUAGAAUUGUCAGUGUUCUUCCUUAAAAAUACAAUUAUUUUUAGCUUUAUUUGGGUCCCUGUCAAAGUAUGGAUGAGGCCAUUCUUCUUGGUGACUGCAAGCAGUCAUGCAAAGCAGUCCCUGUAGCCUCAGUCCAUUGCAUCAAUAAGGUGCUAUGUAGGAAUGGGGUCCUACAAGCACUUUGAUAGCAAACUGAUGUUAAAAAUUUUUGGCAAUCCCAGCACAGGGCUAUAAAGAUGAUCAGAGGGCUGGAGCACCUGCCCUGUGAGGAACGGCUGUGAGAGCUGGGCCUCUUCAGCCUGAAGAAGAGAAGCCUGAGGGGGGAUCUUAUCAAUGUGUACAAGUACCUGAAGGGAGGGUGUCAAGGGGACGGGGACAAACUCUUUUCAGUUGUCCCGUGUGACAGGACAAGAGGCAAUAGGCAGAAAUGGAAGCACAGGAAGUUCCGCCUGACCGUGAGGGGGAAUUUCUUCCCUGUGAGAGUGACGGAGCCCUGGCACAGGUUGCCCAGAGAGGUUGUGGAGUCUCCUUCUCUGGAGAUCUUCAAGGCCCACAUGGAUGCAACCCUGCCUACCGUGCUCUAGGUGACCCUGCUUGAGCAGGGGGUAGGACUAGAUGAUCCCCAGAGGUCCCUUCCAACCUUACUGAUUCUAUGAUUAAUUCAUCUUUUGAUAAAUAGCUGAUAUUUUCAAAUACCUUCUGUAUUAUUUUUUUUGUAACAACAUGCUAUCAAAGGUAACGGAUUUGGAUAGAGUUGGAGCACAUGUGGUAACAUAUUUCAGAAGCUUUACCGUAUCAUGUCUGUCAUUGCCUUUUGGCCUUUAUGCCAAACCUUUUGUAAAGAGAAUAAAGGGUAAAAGAAACAUAAGAAAAAGUAAAAGUUAAUAGUGCCAAAUUAAUGCCAGGCCAGAUUAUUAGAGACCAGGGAGGCACUCUUCAGAAAACCAGGGAAUGGGAGGUAGAAAAGCAAUGAUGAACCAAUAUUAUCUGGAUUCAGGUAAAAAAAGAGACCUGCAGCUAUUAACUUCAGAAACACUGAGCCCUAUUUUUUAUCUUGGGUCUUUGCUACUGUGGAGACAAAAUUAAACAUAAAUCCUGUGGGUAAUCAAAAACAACUAUCUUGUGACUCCAAGCUUUUAUCAUCUGCUUCUUAAAAUAUCUCCUUAUAUGCCAGUUUAGCUAGGACAGCAUGGAUUUCAUCUUUCCAUGCAUCAAAAUGAUGAUAAUGUGUGAGUAUGCUAUUGCCUACCAAAUCAUUUUAUAACUAAUGCUAUUUCUACUUGACCUGUGCUGUGCUAAAAGCGAUGUUUGUACAGCCCCAGCUGGUAAAUCAGAUACGAAAUAUUGCCUGUGCAAGGGCCUAGUCUGCAGAUGGGGUACAGUCAGACAGACUGACAUAAUGACAGGGACUUCAAGCUUCUGCAACGAAUGCACACAAACUAUAGGUUUUCAUAGGAGAAGGAAUCUAGAACAAUAAAACUCUGCUGUCUGUGCAUGUCUAACUCAGGCUCAAGCAGGUUAUAUAUGUAUUUCUAGGACCAGAAAUCCCAAAAGUAAGAGAGUGAAGAAAAGAGUGCUUCCAAUUAAUUUAAAAAGCGUGUUUCUCUUUCGAACGGUAAAUAUAAGCCGGUUAUAUUUUGAAGCAUCAAGAACUCAAGCAGGGUAAUUUCACCCCAGUCACCAGUUUUGAAUAGUAGCUUACUUUUGCCUAGUGCAUUAAGCUGAUCUCAUAUGAAGACAGGCCUUUCAUUGUAACGUCUCCAUAUUUUAUAGUUUCAAUAAAUAACAACAGUAACAUGUCUUUUGUCAUAAAACUUAUGUAAUUAUAAUAGUAGUUAUAAUAUUCAUACUCGUAUUUACUUAUAGUUACUACAUUUGGGUAAUUUUGUCAGUAUUAAAUAUUUCUACUGCUUUGUUUACUAACUGUAGAAUCCACUGAAAGUAUGUAUUUGUGUGAUACUUAUAAACACUUUGUGUUACCUACUUUAUUGCCAGUUAUGAUAGGUCUUUUGCUAAAUUCAUUUUUUAAACUAAAGGAGUAUAAAGAUCAUUAAAAUAAUUUCCUGGAAGAAUAAUUUGGAAAUUGAAAUCCCAUAAUGAGAGAAAAGUCUAAAACUACAAUUAUACUGCAGUCUCCUUUCAAAGUAAACUAAUUAGUGCAGGUACAUAUCAAGUAAAGUAAAGGAUGAUUCAGCUUGCCAAAAAUUUAAUCUAAAAUGAAGUGUUGUAAUCUGUCUUUGAAAAAAUAUAAGUUGGAAAUUAGAAGUAUUCUAAUCAGGAGAGGGGGGAAGUUCUGUGAUAGCUUUGCAGUUGGGGUUGAAUGGGUAAAAAUGCCUAACUGGCUUUAAGAUGCCAGAAUAUGCUCAGAUCUGCCCUUAAUUGAUACUAUUAAUAUAUAAUUAAUUCAUUAAGAAAUCAGAUUGGUUGGCUUUGACAAUUCCCUUUCAUAUAUUCCAGUGGACAUAAAAGCAAAACUUGUAUUGUUCUUCUGAAAAGGAGCACAAUAAUAUGUUAUAUUCAGUCCUGUUGGAUGAAAAAUUGAACCCAAUAUCUGUCUGAUGAAAAAUCAAAGGCAACAUUUUCAAACCUAAGUAUUUAAAUCCAGACUUUCAGAGGUAAUCAAUAUAUGCAGCUUCUGUUAACUGGAGAAUAAAGCCUAGGAUAAUUUUAAACAGUAAUUCUAGCAAAGAAAACCAUUUAUUGAUUGUUGAUUAACUGACGCAUCUAGAAACAGAGGGAUUUUUAUAUUUCCGUCCUCAGUGUUUAAACUCUGACCCAAUUUUAAUAUUGCACCUGAGUUUAAAAAAGAAUUAAAGAAGAAUUUCAAGAUAAAGAAUUGUAACUCCCUAAACAUUAUCUCAAUACCAUUCAUUACCAUUAUUUUUUAUCGUUAGACUUUGUCUUACACUCUCCUAUUUCUUGCUGAGUUCAGCUGAAUUUCAGGGCCAUUCUUGAGUAUAUAUCAUGUAGUACUUAACAGUGUAAAUGUUCACAUUAAAUGAACAGAGGCAAGCACAAUGUCUGAUAAUAUUUAUGGCAUCCUGUAGCCUAUAACGUUUCUAGUGUGUGAGCAAGUCUGUUUUGUAUUUAUCCUGAAAGCAUUACACAUAGAAAAUCAAACUGUGGACUAAGAUUUACUUUUUGAGUUAAAUGUUAUGGUAUAAACAGCUCUGGUACAGAAAAUAGCUAUGGCCAUUUAGCCCAGUUUUGUAGAAUUUACUCCUUGGUGUACUUUUUGUGAAUUAGCUGGAGUGUUUUGUAAAUAUGUUUCUAUAUUUUUGUACAGUUUGUCUUGCUGCUUUUUUCUUAUUAUCCUUAGCAUUUACAUAGCCAUAAAGAUGUUGUUCUUACUGUAGAGUGUUGUUAAUAAUGAAUGCAAUUAUUAGGAAUUGCAUAUAUUCCAAUAAAUAUGUUAUUUGUCAGCUUAUGUCCUGACCUGUAGGUUGUGUACUCCUUGGGAAAAGAGUUGUUGGUACAUUGAUAUGAAUGGGAAAGUUUAAUUUUGCUAUGGUUACUGAGUUCUACCACUGUAGAAUAUAGUGAUAAUAAUAAUAAUAUUUUAAUUAAAAAUUAAUAGACAUAGGGGCAGAAUCUGAGUCGGUGUGAAUCAGUUGGUUUUCAUCAGCUAAGAAUCUGACCUUAGCAACCAGCUAAGAAUCUUUUAGCAACAAAGAUUUGUCUGUGAUUAUCAAAUACUAUGGAGUGUGAUCUUACCUGAGGAUACCCUGAUGCUGUGAGCAUGUAUUCAAAAUACUUCUGAUGCACUGUAAUAAUAAUACUAUAAAGCUUACUUUGUCAUGAAAUGGACUGAUAUUUUAUAUUGCACUGUUUUAUUAAUUUAACAAAUAAACUUUCAAUUUAUUAAAA